AUGUCCGCGGCGGUACCGGCGGCGCCGCUACGACCUCCCACGCCGCCUCUGCGUCGCUACUACGGCCGGCGGCGCAGCGAGAACUCGUCCGACGACAGCGACCUGGCCGACGAGGGGGAGGGGGACGGCGCGUCGGCGGGGGCGGGGGCGGCCGGCGAGGGCGGCUCCGCCCAGGAGACGGCCACCGCCGGCUCGUCGCCCGCCUCUGUGGGCGCCGGGGGCGGCAGCAGGGUAUCUGCGCCUGUGGUAGUGUUGGGACAACCAGCCGCCACCAAAGCCGGAGGCUCGAAGCUGACACCACAAGAAAAGCUCAAAAAGAAAAUGCAACUGGCUUUGCAGAGGCAAUACAAGGCGGAUAAGCGAGCAGAGCAGAGUCGUGCCGUCAAACAGGAAAAGGAACAGGAGGCACGCGAGGCAGAGCUCCGCUCACACGCCAGACGCAUGAGGAAAAAGGAGAGGGCCAAGUGGCGGAAGGAGAACGGCAUGCCGAGUGACUCCGACUCUGACGACUCGCGCUACUCGGACUCUAACGGGAGUCCGCCGCCGGCGUCCCGGAGUCAGGAGGACGGAUCGCGGUAUGGAAGCGGCACUAGCAGCGGGGACUGGAGCCGUCGACAGGACAGCUCCGCCACCGGUGGCUCGGACCGCUACUCAGGCGGGGGCGACCGGUACGGAGACCGCGGCGGAAGCGGCGGGGGUCGGCACAGCCACGGAAACGGCGACCGCUACAGUGGAAACGGGGACAGGUAUAGCGGUAACGGCGACAGGUACAGUGGAGGAAACAGUGAACGGUACGGUGGGGGUAACAGUGAUCGUUAUGGUAGCGGAAACAGUGACCGGUACAGUGGAAACUCUGAUCGCUACAACAGCAACAGUGAUCGGUACAGCGGAAACAGUGAUCGCUACGGUAGCAAGAGUGACCGUUAUAGCGGGGGUAACAGUGACCGGUACAGCGGUGGUAGCAGUGACCGGUACAGCGGCGGCGGUGACCGCGGGACCGACCGGCACAGCCGGUCCGGUGACCGAUACUCGAGCGGCGGAGGAAGGUACUCGGACCGGACCACCAAAGGCGACUUCCCGUCUCGCGGCGACUACCCGCCGAGCCGACCACCGCCGUGGCAGUACCAGGUAGAACAGCAGCGGGACUUUACCAGCCGGCCGCCGCCGCCGCCCAACUACCCGCCGCCGCCGCUGCCGCCGCCGCCGCCGCCCCCGCCGCGGCACGACCACAGCUAUCCGCCGCCCCGCACCGGCGACCGGCGGUCGAACCGAGACAGCGGCGGCAGCGACCGCGACCGGACCAGUUUCCGGCUGGUCGACUACUGAUCUGUGUAGGUUGGGCGCCUUUUUACGUUUUUGGCAGUCUUGGGGUAUUUCGGCUCUUUCUGUACACCUCUGGCGGGUGUUCUCGUACAACUCCAGUGGGUGUCAUAAUACACAUUUGACGAGUGUCUCCGUACACCAUGGGCGGUUGUCGCGCUGUCGGCUGUCCCCGUGAGCUGACGGUGAUCUUUGCGCACGACCUUUGUCAAUAACGGCGCCGUAAGAGACGUAUGUGAGACGGCCAUGAGGCGUGAGUACCGAUGUGAUGUUCCCUUAGGUCAGGUGACCAGAUGGCUGCGACCCUACGGUUGUGUUGGUGACUGGGUUUAUUUGUGGGCUGUCUCCACCCGCCUGUGUUAUGAACUGGUGUCGGUCGGUCAAUGCAGGGAGCACAGCUCAGUGACAAACGGGCAUCAUGGCCAGAAACUAUUCUCACCUGGGGAGAGGCUACUGGCCGGUGGGUUAGCACCUAACGUUGACCCCGAGUGGUCAUUUUAGUGCGGCCUGGCCCCUCCACCUCCGCUGUGACGCGGUUUUCCAGGAGUGGCAGUGAAUGUGAAUCGUAUUUGUUGCGUCGAAAGAUGACGCGAGACAGCGCUAUGCAGCAUUUGACCUUGACUGGUCAGUCCGCCAAUGCUCGACAUGUUGAAUAAUGCGUGCGGGACUGGGCCAUGGGGUGAAUUUUUCUCGCGAAUGGUACGGCCCAACAGCGACAGACACAGUCAGCGUGUGUUGACGGAUGAGAUAGAUUUGCGCGGUACUUUGUAGGGCAAGUGAUGAAAUGUGUGCCAGACUGUGCGGUAGAUACGAAUAUAUUUGUCUUUUGUCAAAA